CGGACGCACGACGCACGACGACGAACGUGUUCGCGAUACGCGAUCGCAUCGAUAGCGAAUCUAGCGAAUUAAUAGUUAACCCGUUUGAUUACUAUGAAUCGGUCGUAGUUUGUUUUGCAUUGAACAGUGUUUGUUGUGGUGUGUCUGCUGACGGCGACGGCGAGGCUCUGACACGACAGUUACGAGCCGCCAACGUGGAUCUGGAACUACACCAACGUGCCAGCGGUCACUUUAUGAGUGCCGCUGGCGCGAUGUGCGAGCGCGCGGGCUACGGCAGCACAAUGAGCCACUUCCCCAUGGGCCAUAUGUCAGCUAUGGGCGCGAUAGGCACCAUGGGCGCGAUCGCCAUGAACGGCCAAGCUCAGAAGAAGAGCCAGGAGGAGCACAUCAAGCGGCCAAUGAACGCAUUCAUGGUGUGGUCGCGUCUACAACGGAGGAAGAUAGCCCAGGACAACCCUAAGAUGCAUAACUCCGAGAUCUCGAAGAGAUUAGGUGCGGAAUGGAAGCUUCUAUCAGAAGACGAGAAGCGACCGUUCAUAGACGAGGCGAAGCGGCUGAGGGCUAUGCACAUGAAAGAACAUCCAGACUAUAAAUAUAGACCGCGGCGGAAGCCCAAGACGCUCAGGAAGGAAGGAUACCCAUACUCCAUACCUUAUCCCAGUGUGCCAAUGGAUGCGCUCAGAGCUGGAAUGGCUGGCGGCGGCAUGGGCCAGAUGGGCAGUUAUUACGGCGCGGCGUACGGUCCGCUCGGAGCCAGCAUGGCGGCUGCUGCCGCUGCGGCUCAGCAGAGCGCCAUAUCUGCGGCUCUAACGCCCAACGCACAGAUGGGAUCAACUAUGGACAUGUCCAAAUAUUCGAUCGAGGACAAAUACCGUUACGGUAUGUACACCGAUCCUUCCCGAAGCUACUUGGAUUCCGCAGCGCUAUCAAAAGCUUACAUGUAUAUGGACCAGCAGCAACAACGCUCAUAUCCGAUGGACAUCAGCAAGAUGUACUCCGAAGCAUCCGCGGCCGCUAUGGCAGGGUUGAGCUCCGCGGUUAACUCUUCCUCUAGUUUAUCGCCUCGAUCGCCAGCGGAGUCUCCUGAUAUGACUCCGAAGUUACAAGAGAGAGCCGAAGGUAGUUCAUCCUCGGGCUCGAAUCCUUCCCCUUCCUUGCCGUAUUAUCAAAGCACGUCCAGUCUUCUGCUACCCCAGUACCCCGGGCAAUACGCGCAAGCGACCCAAGCCGGGUCGGAAUUCCGGAGGCCGUUGACUGUUAUAUUUUGACCUGAAAUGUAAUUAUAAAAAUGAUUGUUGAGAAUUACUAACUUUAUUACCGAUUGUUUGAAAUCGAUAUUUUGUUCCGAUAUCCUAGUUCUAGAGUUUUCUACAAUAUUAAUCGUU